UAUCUUUGGGUUUAGAGUGUUGGAGUUGUUCAACCGGAAGAAGUCGUCUCCCUCCGUAGCCGCGCGACAUUUUUUUUUAUAAUUUCCCACAGAGAUUUGAUUCAACUGUAAGUUCAAGAAUUUUCCCGGAAUUCCACCGGAAAAAGAGCAGAAUUUUCUCUGGAAAAUAGAAGUGAAAAGUUAUGUUCUUUGAAGUGUUUACCACAUUCAAGUUCGAACUUUUCCCAAUUACAAAGUCAGUGUUGUGCUGAAGAGUUGGAACUGUCUGAAACUAUCUCCUGCAUGGGUACGUGACGAGAGGAUGGGCGGUUGCUGCUGUUGUUUCCCGAGAAAAACUGACAACCCGAGAACUAUAGAGGAGCAUGUUCCAUUAUCGCAUGCCCGGCCUUCCUCUGUGGUAUCCACAGAGUUGGAAGAGACAAAUAUAGAGAUGUUAGCCCCUGAUAUCUACAGGUCACCUCCUCCGCCUAUGCCUUUUGACUUCUCGCCGAGAAACCUUCGAUCUCCGCCAAGAUUGCCGAGAAAUCAGAGUAACAAUGGAAGGACGGAUUCUGACUCAGCUCGAGAAAAAAUGAACAACACCAGUGUAGCAGUAGUUUCACAUGGAAUGGCAGAAAAGGAGAUACUUUCAGGCAAUCAGACAGAUCUUGAUCCAAAGAAACAUGAGAUGGAGCUCUCCGAGAUUUUCCAGGAAUCAGUUGAAGAGGAUGGUUGCCCGAUUUGUCUGGAAGAAUAUGAGACCGAGAACCCGAAAAUGCUCACGGGAUGCGGCCACCACUUUCACCUCGCUUGCAUACUCGAAUGGAUGGAAAGAAGUGAUGCAUGUCCUGUCUGUGACAAGGAAUUGGUACUGGUUGAAUCAUAAAGAAGAUGAGAAAUGGGAUGAGGAUUGAAGUUGCAUUCACAAGCUUUGCUCUGUUACUGUUUGUUUAUAUCAGAAACAAAACAAAGAAGAGGAUGAAGAAGAAAUAGGAUUUUAUUCUUUUGCUAAUACACACAUUCUUGUGUUUAUUCAGUGAUUCUUUGGGAAAUUGUGUUGAGAGAUUGCUUUGCUGUAGAAACUGUGAGUGGAGGAGACACAGAUUCUUUUGAGGAAACAACAUAAGCUUAGAUUCUUUUUGGGCACAAUGACUAAGAACCGGUUAAGGUCA